AUCAUGUCGAUUUGCCUGCGGACCGUUAUUUCCGGGUGUUUCCAAUGCAGGAAUCCUCUCCGUUUGAUGUUUAUUGUGUAGUAAAAGGAAAACACACACCCACACAAAACCUGAACGCUCUUUGGUCGUGAAAGGUUUUGAAGAUGAACAGAAUAUUCGGUCGCGGGAAGCCCAAAGCGCCUCCGCCGAACCUGUCGGACUGUAUCAGCACUGUGGAUGCCAGGGCAGAGUCCAUUGAAAAGAAAAUAGGCAGGCUCGAUGCUGAGCUCCUGAAGUACAAAGAUCAGCUGAAAAAGAUGAGAGAAGGACCCUCCAAGAAUAUGGUGAAACAGAAAGCAAUGAGAGUCCUAAAGCAGAAGAGAAUGUAUGAAGGUCAAAGGGAGCAACUAGCACAGCAGUCAUUUAAUAUGGAGCAGGCAAACUACACAAUCCAGACCCUGAAGGACACAAAAACAACAGUGGAGGCAAUGAAGAUUGGAGCGAAGGAAAUGAAAAAAGCUUACAAGGACGUCAAACUGGAUCACAUCGAUGAUUUACAAGACCAGUUGGAAGACAUGAUGGAGGAAGCUAACGAGGUACAGGAGUCCCUGAGCCGCAGCUACGGCACGCCGGACAUUGACGAAGAGGAUCUUGAAGCAGAGCUGGAUGCCCUGGGGGAUGAGCUGCUGCUUGAUGAUGAUACCUCCUACUUGGACGAAGCGUCAGCUGCUCCAUCUAUCCCAGAAGGAAUUCCCAGCGACAGCAAGACAAACAAGGAUGGUGUUUUGGUGGAUGAGUUCGGCCUGCCUCAGAUCCCAGCCACAUAAAAGCAAAAUGGAGACAGCUGCACUUCAACUGAAAACACUUUUCCAUGUAGAGUAACAUUUAUACAUGCAAACACACUGGAUCUGAGAACACUACUAUUCCGAAGCUGCCCUGGUGUUGGAUUGUGUAAGGUUACAACUACCAUGUUAGGCAUGUGGCCUUUUAGAUAAUUAUUCGCCAUUGUUUUCUACCUGUUUGUCCUCACCAAUGUUUUAGUGUUAUUAGUUAAUUUCAUGGUUAAUUUGUAUAAUUUAUUAGCUUUAUGUUUUGUUUAAGUCCUUAUCUGAUUGUUUAAGAUCUCCAAGGUGGAGCUGAUUUUCAUUCUCUGCCUGUUUGAAAUAUCUGCAGGGGUACUUGAAACGUGCAAAAUAAAUUAUGUCUUUUAUCUUAA